GGAUGAUCGACUCCGCCUCCUGGGAAAAGAUGGGAUGAAAAACUGUUUCUUCUAUCAUCUUCAUUUAGAGCAGUCCAUCCUCACGACUAUGGCUGCUCAGCUCAUGAAGUUGUUGGGAGGGAACUCCACUCUCUGAAUCUGCGCCAAUGUUCCAAUUGAGGUUGAAAUUGUCGUGUCACGAUGCAGCCAUCGCGUGUGUCCAGCGAAGCUCCUGAAGUUGUUCCAGGACAAUUCCUCACCACCAAUUCCGAAUCUCUAUCAAACCUUUCACCAUCUACCUACCAGGCCAGUACGCAUUUAUCGGGACACAGUCGCGCUCACAGUUGGCUGAGCUCAAUCAGCGAUCGAAAAAGUAAACAGCCAGAUAGCAGUAGUACUCUCGUCCCGCAAAUUAUACAAGAUGAUGCAGCGCCAUAUCAACCAAAAGUCCAUUCGAGAAGAGUUUUCGGUCUCGUGACGACAAUCAUCCUAGUCGCUAUUACGUUCUGUCUAGGAGGAGGUAUUGGCGGCGGAGUUGCGAGUGCUGUUCUCUCAGGCCAGAAAUCCAAAUCAACAUCAACUUCGUCCUCCUCACCCGCCCAAGCAACAACCAUAAUCGACGCAUCCGGCUGCCCUCUAAUUAAUAACUCAACUUACACCUCUCAAACGGGCUCCACUUUCCUCACCGUGUGCUCAACGUCCAUCCUGUCCUCGGAUUCGGGGCAAAUCAUCGAUUUCUCGAACUCGAUACAAAGCUCCUUUGAUUCUUGUCUGAAUGCUUGUGCGGUUGCAACUGGAUGCGUGGGCGCGAGUUGGUAUAUGUUCGAUCCGCAGAUGCCGAGUCGAAACAUGGGGUGUUGGCUGAAGAAUGGGACGGGAGAGGAGGUUGUUGCCAGUGGCGGGUUAAGUGUGGUUAGUGGAUAUUUGAAGAGUGCUCUUCCGUCAUGAUCUUAAGGACUGCAGGAAUUCUGUGGAGGGGCAAAGCAAAGACGGAUUAGCUAAGGACUGAUCAGAAGACAGACAUUGGAGAUAACAGGGGUGUGAAGGGGUGAUGAAUAUGAGGGAACCAUAUGGAAAACUCGACCACAAGAUCGAGAACCCCUUUGGAAUGAGCACCGCGUUGAUCUACAUAGAGUAUCUUUUUUGGCAGCCCAUGUACAGGCGCGAAGUUUAGGGAGCGGAGGAUUCAAUUUCUCUGCCUGUAAAUAUUCUUUCUCUAUCACAGCAUUAGCGGGAGUUGGGAAUUGGCUUCAGCGAUAGCAUUUGAGGAG